CUCCACCACAAGUUCGUUCGCGCGCGCGGCGCUGCCGCAACUUGGGGCGUUGGCGGCGUGCUCCCCUCGCGCCACGGGUUUAUAUGCGCCACUAGCCGAGCCGCGAUUCUCCUCCUCCUCCUCUGCCGUUUUCCACUGCUUGGGUGGUUGCUUGGACAGCCAUCUUCUUAUCUUGUUUCUUGGCUGGCUUGGCGAGAGGUGGGAUGAAGAUACAGUGCGACGCGUGCGAGGGCGCGGCGGCGGCGGUGGUGUGCUGCGCGGACGAGGCGGCGCUGUGCGCGGCGUGCGACGUGGAGAUCCACGCGGCAAACAAGCUGGCCAGCAAGCACCAGAGGCUGCCGCUCGAGGCGCUCUCCGCCGGCCUCCCCCGCUGCGACGUCUGCCAGGAGAAGGCGGCGUUCAUCUUCUGCGUGGAGGACCGGGCGCUCUUCUGCCGGGACUGCGACGAGCCCAUCCAUGUCCCCGGGACGCUCUCCGGCAAGCACCAGCGGUACCUCGCCACCGGCAUCCGCGUCGGCUUCGGCUCCGUCGCACCCUGCGACGGCGGCGGCGGAGCCGGCAGCGCACACGACGACUCCGACCACCACGCCCCGCACGUGGCCUGCUCCGAGCAGCAUCACCACCAGCAUCCGCCCGCCCUGGCCGCCGCCGCCGUCGACACGCAGCAGGCGCCAUCCCCGCAGUUCCUGCCGCAGGGCUGGGCCGUCGACGAGCUCCUUCAGUUCUCCGACUACGAGUCCAGCGAUAAGCUGCAGAAGGAGUCGCCGCUCGGGUUCAGGGAGCUGGAGUGGUUCGCCGACAUCGACCUGUUCCACAACCAGGCGCCCAAGGGCGGCGCCGCCCGGUCGACGGCGGAGGUCCCGGAGCUCUUCGCCCCCUCGCAGGCGGCCAACGACGCGGCGUACUACAGGCCGAACAGGACAGCCUCCGCCGUGGUCUCUGCCUUCACCGGCGUCCGGCAGAGCAAGAAGGCCCGGGUCGAGAUCCCCGACGACGACGACUACCUCAUCGUCCCCGAUCUUGGUUGAACAGGAGUUCACAGAUUCUCCUGCGCUUCUGCCGUGUGUCUGUCUGUAUACAGGGACAAGUUGAGUGCUUUCUGCUGUAUGCAAAAGCUAGCAGUUGUUGUGUUGUGUACUUUUAACGGUAGUCCUGCUCAUCUGUGAACAUAUUAAUCCACGCUUUGCAUUCCAUGCU